AUGUUCACCCCCGUCGAAACCACCAUCGGCGCCCUCCUCCUCCUCCAAUCCACCACCACCCUCCUCCUCACCACCGGCCAGCCGCUCGGCGCCUCCUCCACCCUCGGCACCACGCUCACCUCCCCCUCGCUGCACAACCUCCCGCUCAUAACAGGCAUGCUCCUCGCCACCACGGCCACCUCCCACCUUGCUCCGCACCUCCUCCCACCGUCCUCCCCCGCCGUCUCCAACCCGCGCUACAUCCUCGCCGCACUCCUCGUCGGCGCCGGAACACGCCUGGCAAACGGAUGCACGUCCGGCCACCUCCUCUGCGGCGUCCCGCACCUGUCUAUCCGCUCCAUCGUCGCAUCGGGCGUCUUCUUCACCACUGCCGCUAUCACAGCAACGCUCUCGUCGGUGUGGUAUAACACCACCCCUGGAUGCCCUGGCGGCCUGCCAUGCUACACACCCUCCUACCCGACCUCCGCAGAGACAAGCACCCUCCUCGCAAUCCUCGCGGCCACAACCCUCGUCUCAGCGGGAACAUUCCUCCUCCCGCGCGGACGGGCGUCGCAUGCGCUGGUGCGCGGCUGGGUCGGCGUUACAUUUGCCCUCGGGCUACUGAUCUCGGGGAUGGCGGACGCCACGAAGCCGCUUCGCUUCUUGACGUUUCGGCGGGAGCUGUGGGAUCCGAGUCUGAUUAUGGUAGUGGUUGGUGCGGUGGUGCCGUCGAUGGUGGGGUGGGGGUGGGGGGUGCGGCGGGUUGGGAAGCCGGUGGUGGGCGGGGAGUGGAUGGUGAGGGGGAAGGAGGUCGGGGCGAGGCUGGUGGGCGGGAGUGUGCUGUUUGGGCUGGGGUGGGGGAUGGCGGGGGUGUGUCCGGGGCCGGGGGUGGUGGGGCUGGCGGUGGGGAUGGGGGGUGUGGCGGUGGGGUGGGUUGCGGCGUUUUGGGUCGGAUGGGGUGUGGCGGGGUGGUUUUAG